UAAAUAUAAAGUAUGGUAAGAGUUUUUUCUCUUGCUACUCUCGUUUGUGUUUAGCUUUGCUCCUUUAACUUAUUUUAAUGGCGUCUUCUUCAUCUCUCUCAAGGUUAUCGAAUCUCCGCAGACACUUGGACCCUUCCAAAACUUCAGAUAACAACAAGGGUGUAGGAUUAAUCAAGGUUUCUCCGGAGGUUUCUGAAGCCUUGUCAAAUGGAGGUCCUGUUGUUGCCCUUGAAUCCACCAUUAUUUCCCAUGGGAUGCCAUAUCCAAAAAAUCUGGAAACUGCAAAGGAGGUUGAGGCAAUUGUGCGAGGCAAAGGAGCUGUUCCGGCCACCAUUGCAAUUUUAGAUGGCAUACCAUGUGUAGGUUUGAGUGUGGUAGAGCUAGAGAGGCUUGCUAACCUUGGUACCCAAGCUCAAAAGACAGCUCGUAGAGACAUUGCACAUGUUGUGGCCUCCAAAGGAAAUGGCGCAACUACAGUAUCAGCAACCAUGCUUAUUGCUUCUAUGGUUGGCAUUUCAGUUUUUGUAACAGGAGGGAUUGGAGGAGUCCACAGACACGGUGAAAACACAAUGGAUAUAUCUUCUGAUCUGACUGAGCUUGGGAGGACACCAGUAGCAGUUAUUUCUGCUGGUGUGAAAUCAAUAUUAGAUAUACCCCGGACACUGGAAUAUUUGGAGACUCAAGGAGUUUGCGUUGCUGCUUACAAGACCAACGAGUUUCCAGCAUUUUUUACCCGAACGAGCGGCUGCAAGGUUCCUUGCCGUGUAGACACCGCAGAAGAAUGUGCCCGACUUAUUGAUGCAAACACGAAACUUGGUCUUGGAACUGGGAUUCUAAUCGCAGUUCCAAUUCCACAAGAACAUGAAGCUUCUGGAAGUUUAAUUGAUUCUGUAGUUCAAAGAGCUCUGAAAGAAGCUAGGGACAAGAACAUAACAGGAAAUGCCGAAACUCCUUUCUUACUUGCUCGAGUGAAUGAACUAACAGGAGGUGCUUCUCUUUCAUCAAAUAUUGCGUUGGUGAAGAAUAAUGCACUUGUUGGAGCUGAAAUUGCUGUAGCACUUUCUCACCUUAGUGAUUAGUGUAACAAAGGUGAUUCGGAGUUGAUUGUCAUAGAUUAUACAAUGCACAUCUGUAUCAGAAAAUAUUAUCAUCGAUAUUAAAAAUUACACUUUGAGUUGACAGUAACAAAUUUAUUUUCCUAUUAUUUAAAUUUUAUACUAGUUAUGUAGGAUUUUAACUCGUUGCACUCAAUAAAAGCAGUUUUUAGUAUUA